AUGCUGGAAAGCGGAAGCAAGAGAGGGCCUUGUAUUACGUACGCGGGACCUCACCAGGGUUCUGGCGGAGUCUGGGACGGGGAAACCCGGAGCGCGCAGUGCAUGAGGACACCUCAGACGGGCCCGGACCGCACUUGGCCGGGGAAGCAGCAGAACAAAGGGAGCCCCCGCCGGGGAAACUGUCAGCGACAGAACAAGGCCCGGAGCAAGCGCAUACGCCACGGUGGCGGCCUCGAGCCCGCAGCAGCGGGGGCCGGGGCAAAGGGAGCACGUGACGCGCGGGCGCCGCGUAGGGCAGUGUCACGUGCGGAGGCCCGGGACCCGGGUCGUCUCUGGCACGUGGGAUCUGUUGUGCGCCUGCUUCGGGCUGUUGCAGAGCACGUGAACGUCUUGCGGUGGCCACAACGUGCAUCACGCUCUUCAUACGGGGUACCGAGGAGCAUCCGGAACGCAAUGCAGCGAUUCUGGCUGCUGGGGACAUCUCCGACACACUGCUACGAACACUGUCACUGUCACGUGGUCUGUUGCACUGUCACCUCGUAG